AUGUCUACACAUGUCAGACAUACGCAUAUCAGAGCCGCCCAGAGGGUAAUAACCACCCGAUGGAGGGCCGGCAACAUCCAACGCCGCUCUCUUCAACAAGAAACUACCGUUAAGGACUCGGGUGUCGAGGCGUACCAAAAUGUUGGUCUCCGCCUUGCCGUCAAGGACAACAUCGCCGCCAGGGGCUUCCCGACGACAUGCGCCUCCAACAUCCUAGCCGGGAACGAGAUCCCCUUCGACGCGACCAUCGUCACUCAGCUGCGCCGCCUGGGCAUGGACGUGGUGGCAAGAAAGGCCGGCAUGGACGAGUUCGGCAUGGGCACCCACUCGACGACCUCGGCCUUCGACCACGUCCACAACGUCCACCCCCUGGAGCGGUAUUCCGCGGGUGGGAGCUCGGGGGGCAGUGCCGUUGCCGUGAGGAACGGGACAGCUGAGCUGGCGCUUGGGACCGACACCGGUGGUUCUGUCCGCAUGCCCGCUGCGUACACGGGCACGGUCGGAUUCAAGCCCUCGUACGGCAUGUUGUCGCGCUGGGGCGUCGUGCCGUAUGCAAACUCGCUGGACACCGUCGGCCUGCUUGCGAGAACGGUGGAGCCCAUCAGCACGGCGAUUGUUGGACGGGGGUUUUACAGCGAGCACGACCCCAGGGACCCGACAUCUCUUCCGUCCCACGUACGCACGAGGUGCACCGCCCAAAGAGAAGGAUACGACUCUUCUGGGCAAGCUCCUAAGGCCGACUUCCGCGGGUUGACCUUCGGGGUUCCGCUAGAGUACAACAUCGAAGAGCUCGACCCCCGGAUACGUCGAGGAUGGCUCCAGGCUGCGGAGAAAAUCCAGAGUUUGGGCGGUCGGGUGGUUCCUGUCUCACUCCCAUCGACGAAAAAUGCACUAUCUGCGUACUACGUGAUAGCCCCUGCCGAAGCUGCUUCCAACCUCUCGAAAUAUGAUGGUAUCCGCUACGGUCGUCGUGACAGCGAUGGAACCAGUGAUGCUCUGAACGGCGUCCUAUACGCCAGAACGAGAGGCACUGGAUUUGGAAACGAGGUCAAGCGUCGUAUAUUACUGGGCUCGUAUACUCUCAGCUCCGACGCAAUAGACAACUACUUCAUUCAGGCCCAGAAGGUCCGUCAGCUGGUUAGGAGAGAUUUCGACAGGGUGUUCAAGCUGUCGAAUCCUCUCCAAGACGAGCAAACUUUCAACCUUAGCGACAUGGACGAGUCGGUCAUGCUGGAUAGCAAACUAGGACCAGCGCAGGUCGACUUUCUCCUAUCUCCCACAGCACCUACUCCACCGCCUCUCCUCGAACAGGUUCAUAAGCAGACGCCUCUGGAUUCAUACAUGAACGAUGUCUUCACGGUUCCGGCAAGCCUCGCAGGACUCCCAGCAAUUAGCAUCCCCAUGGAUAUCCCUGUGGACCCGAAUAACGAGGAAGAAAAGCUGCUUCAUUUCGGAGGUCUGCAGCUCAUUGGCCAGUACUGGGACGAUGCGCGGGUUCUAUCGGCCGCUGGCAAGCUGUCAUCUCAUGUCUAUAGUGUAUGA